AUGGUAACGGGAAUUCACAUUCCAGAGGAGGAAAUACUUGUGGACAUCCUCACCAGACUUCCUGUAAAAUCUCUUUUGCGUUUCAAAUGUGUCUCCGAAUCUUGGAAGACAUUAAUCUCCGAUCCAUAUUUUAAGAGGAAGCAUCUCAAUCAUGCCAAGAACAAACUCAAUUUUCAAAAAUUCCUUUUUGACACCCGCUCUCCGGGCAAGGGUUAUGAUUUCUAUUGUGCUUCUUUAUCUCCGAAUGGACUUUUUAAUGAUUUUCGGAGACUUGAUUGGCCAAGUGUUUCUACGCCAUUUUAUGGUUUUAAAGUCUAUUGUUGUUGCGAUGCCUUGUUUCUCAUCGGGAUUCAUACAGAAAAUUCUUAUUCUUUGAAUGAGCCUUCGAUGCUCUUGCUAUGGAACCCCUCCACAUCAGAAUCAAUGGUACUUCCCCGUUUAGGAUCUCCGCUACAGGUAUCUACUUAUGGAUUGGGAUAUGACUCUAUUAGCGAUGAUUAUAAAGUUCUUAGGAUUGACCAGGAGGGCAUGGCACCAGAUGAAAUUCUCGCACUGAAAAGUGGUUCCUGGAGAAAGAUUGAUCAUCCCUCAAUUAGGAGUGACGGUGAUGGCUUUACGAUGUUUGGUAGGGAAUGUUUGCCAUUUGUACAUGGAGCUUUUCAUUGGCUUGGUUUUCGUAGUUUUAUGAAGGAAUCCUUGGAUUCAUUUAGUAUUUCAGAUGAGACAUACGGGAGGAUACCCUUACCAAAAAAUGUGCGUAUAGACCCGGAAAGUUCUGAACUGAGCUUCAUGCCAGUUGAAGUGGGCAUGUCUGUAUUGCGAGGAAUGCUUUGUCUUUUUAAUAACAACACAAUGAUUUUCAAUUUAUGGAUAAUGAAAGAAUAUGGUGUUCAGGAAUCUUGGACAAAGUUGCUCACUAUAUCAAGUAAUGGGGCUUCUUUAAUCCUACCGAAAUAUAGAUUUUCUAACGGUAAAGUGCUACUUUGGUAUGAGGUUGAUUUUAUUAAACGUACUAUUUAUAGAACAUCUGAUGGAUUAACCGAUCAAAUAUGGCCUUUCAAUUGUGAUGAUAUUGAUCCAGCUACCAUUAUUUACGAUGAAUUUGUUUAUACGGAGAGUUUGAUCUGA